UUAGCAAACAUCACGAACCAUUGCUCUCUCUCUCUCUCUCUCCUACGUGACACUCCCAACUCCAUUGAAACCUAAAAAUUCCCAUCUAAAGCAUUUCCUUCUCUGAGCAUUCCUAAUUUGGAGAUGGAGAAAAACAUGAAAGAAGGCAGCCAUUUGUCCUUGGACGAAUACAUGGAAAAGAGACUCGAAAAGUGGUCCGUCGGUCCUUCUGAGAAAGAGCAAUGCACAAUCUAUCGAGUCCCGUCCCACCUCCGCAAGGAGGAUGAGAGCGCCUACCAGCCGAAGAUCAUCUCCAUUGGUCCUUACCACCACUGCGAUAAUGGCCUAAAGGCCAUGGAAGAGCACAAGUGGCAGUUCCUCUCCGAAUUCCUCAAAAGGAACAACAGCAAGGUCCCGCUCAAGCAUUAUCUCGACAAGGUCCGAGAAAAGGAGAUGAAUGCAAGGAACCACUACUCAGAAAAAUUAGUACAGCUCAGCAGUGAUGAUUUCGUCCAGAUGAUGGUCCUCGAUGGUUGCUUCAUCAUCGAACUCUUUCUCAAGCGAUACCAAGCAAAGGACGAUAUGAUAUAUAGCACGAGGUGGAUAUUGCCCUUGAUAACCAACGACAUGCUCCUGCUCGAGAACCAGCUUCCUUUCUUCAUCCUCGAGGAGUUGUUCAAGCUGGCAGAUCUUAGGAUUCGUGACGGAGAGAACCUGCAGAUUACCAUUAACUCUCUCGCCAUCCAUUUCUUCAGCCAUCUCCUUGUGGGGGCUGACAAAUCCCUUCCAGGGGAACAGGAACCCUUCCAUUUGCUCCAUUUGCUCCAUUUAUUUCACACCCGCCGUCUCAAGGAUUCUCCUGAUGGCUCUCAGGCAACAGAUAGCAAUAAAAUGCAACACUACUCAUCACAAACGCCCCCGCAGCAGCCACUGACAAAUUCAAGCCAUUCAGAUAUAGAAGCCCAACCCCCAGAAACUGAAUCCAAGAAGACAGGACGUUUUGGGAAUCGCAAGUGGAAGGGAGUAGUUAUUCUUCUCCAAACAAUAAUAGGGUUUCCAAGGAAGCCUUCCCCUCCCCAGAAAUCGAUCCCUUGUGCUACGGAGCUCCAUGAGGCUGGCGUCAAGUUCAGGGUGAAGAAGGAUGCCAACAGCUACUUGGAAGUGAAGUUCCGUGACGGGGUAAUGGAAAUUCCAUAUUUGCUAAUCAAGGACAACACCAACUCCCUUUUCAGGAAUUUCAUUGCCUUUGAGCAAUGCCGUCCAGACUCCAAUUGCCACUUCACAAGCUACGCCUUCUUCAUGGAUUGCAUCGUGAACACACCAGCCGACGUGGCACUUCUCUGCCAGAACAAGAUUCUCGAACACUGGCUCGGUAGUGAUGAUGCCGUGGCCCUCCUCUUCAACAAGCUAUGCUACGGCGUCGCCAUGGACACCCAGACCCGCCAUUACUUCCCCAAUCUGUUCCAGGAGGUGAGGAAAUACUGCAACACCACUUGGCACACAUGGAGGGCGCGCUUGAUGCACGAUUACUUCAGCAAUCCGUGGGCGAUAGUUUCGGUAGUGGCAGCCAUCAUCCUACUCCUACUCACCGUUGCUCAGACCUACUUCUCCACCAUCGCCUAUGUAAAGCCUCCGGCCUGAGUAACUAUCAUACUGCGAGUUUGUUGCACGGUAGAUGACACGAGAGACGGCAUUGACAUGGGCAUGUUGGUUUUAUCGCUGUGCUACCUUAAGGUGUGGGGAACUGCCAUAAUCGGCUUUAGUUCUAUCUAUGACUAUCUAUUUUGAAUGAUUGUUGUGGUUAAUAGCGCUUGAUGCGGUUUCUGCUUUUGCUACUGUUGCUAUUUUUAAUUUUUUUUUUCCAUGUGACUUCUCAGUGUAUCCACCCUUGAAUAAGUCCAUCUUUGAAAAAUAAAAAAUUUAGUAAAGAAAGAGUGCGGAUAGUCUGCGUUGAAGUUGGAGGGAACUCGAAAUCGGAUUGCGUCUGAGUUACUCACGCGAUUUUAUCAUGUCGAGUAAACUCUGUUAGGCCUACUGUGAAUGUAUGUGAUUUAUCAGA